AUGCCAAAAUGCUCAACAUUUCCCAAAACCCUCAAACACACACUUCAACUAACCCAAACCCAAACCCUUCUCUCUUACUCUUCCUCCAACUUUCCCCACCCCCCUCCAGUUUCACCUCAAAUCUUCAAAUCAACCACUUCCCACAAAUGGGGUUCUUACAAAUUAGGCGAUUUAUCCUUCUACUCCCUCAUCGAAAAUCUAUCUUCCACCUUCGAUUUUCACUCAUUGGAACUACUCCUCCAUCGAAUGAAGCGCGAAAAUAGAGUCUUUAUCGAGAAGAAUUUCAUCCUCAUGUUUAAAGCUUAUGGGAAAGCACAUUUACCUGAAAAAGCUCUGGACUUGUUUCAUAGAAUGGGUGCUGAGUUUCACUGUAGGCAAACUGUUAAAUCUUUCAAUUCUGUUCUCAAUGUUGUUAUCCAAGAGGGUCAUUUUAACCGUGCUUUGGAGUUUUAUUCUCAUGUUAUUGAUUCCAACAGUUUUAAUCAUGUUCAUCCCAAUGGACUUACUUUUAAUUUAGUGAUUAAGGCUUUGUGUAGACUUGGGUUGGUUGAUCAAGCUGUUGAGGUUUUUCGAGGGAUUAGUGUUAGGAAUUGUGUUCCGGAUAGUUAUACAUAUUCUACAUUGAUGCAUGGUUUGUGUAGUGUUGGGAGAAUUGAUGAGGCGGUUUCCUUGUUGGAUGAGAUGCAGAUUGAAGGUACGUUUCCUAACCCGGUUGCGUUUAAUGUUUUGAUUAGUGCGUUGUGUAAGAAAGGUGAUUUGGUGCGUGCGUCUAAGCUGGUUGAUAAUAUGUUUCUUAAGGGCUGUGUUCCGAAUGAAGUGACGUAUAAUUCGCUUGUUCAUGGGUUGUGUUUGAAGGGGAAGUUGGAGAAGGCGGUGAGUCUCUUGAAUCGGAUGGUGUCGAAUAAAUGUGUUCCCAAUGAUGUUACUUUUGGAACACUUGUUGAUGGGUUUGUUAAGCAUGGUAGAGCUUUAGAUGGGGUGCGUGUGUUGGUUUCGUUGGAAGAGAAAGGUCACCGUGGGAAUGAGUUUAUUUAUUCGUCUCUUAUUAGUGGAUUGUUCAAGGAGGGGAAAUAUGAGCGUGGAAUGCAAUUGUGGAAGGAGAUGGUUGAAAAAGGAUGUGAACCGAAUACGAUAGUGUAUAGUGCUCUUAUUGAUGGCCUUUGUCGAGAAGGGAAGACAGAUGAAGCCAAAGAGUUUUUAUUAGAGAUGAAGAAUAAAGGUCAAAUUCCGAAUUCUUUCACUUAUAGCUCCUUGAUGUGGGGUUAUUUUGAAGCAGGUGAUAAUCAUAAAGCUAUUCUUGUUUGGAAAGAGAUGACAGAUAAUAAUUGUAAUCAUCACGAAGUUUGUUACAGUAUACUUAUCAACGGAUUGUGCAAGAACGGGAGGCUUAAGGAGGCCUUAAUGGUGUGGAAGCAAAUGUUGAGUAGAGGAAUCAAAUUAGAUGUUGUGGCUUAUAGUUCAAUGAUUCACGGCUUUUGUAAUGCCCAGUUAUUAGAACAAGGGAUAAAACUUUUCCAUCAGAUGCUUUGUCAUGAGCCAGAGUUACAACCAGACGUGGUUACGUACAAUAUACUCCUUAAUGCUUUUUGCACGAAGAAUAGCGUCUCCCGUGCUAUUGAUAUUCUAAAUACUAUGUUAGAUCAAGGCUGCGAUCCUGAUUUUAUUACUUGUGAGAUUUUCUUAAAAACUUUAAGAGACAAUAUGGACCCACCUCAAGAUGGGAGAGAGUUUCUAGACGAGCUUGUAGUCCGAUUAAUUAAGCGACAGAGAACAGUUGGUGCUUCCAAUAUCAUAGAAGUCAUGCUUCAGAAAUUUUUGCUGCUUAAACCUUCUACUUGGGCCUUAGCUGUUCAACAGCUCUGCAAACCUACGAAAGUUCGUAAAACCAUCAGUGAAUGUUGGAGCAGGCUGCAUUGCUGA